GCGUGCUCUACGUCAUGACGCACAGCUGCUAGGGUUUUCUCACCCUGCCCUUCUCUGUGAGCCGUCACACAUUCUUUAGUUUGCCGACGCCGCGGACACACCUCAGCCAACAAAACCAUGUCUGACUUCUCGGAAGAUCAAAUCGGUGACUUUAAGGAUGCAUUCCUGCUGUUCGACAGGACAGGAGAUGGGAAGAUCAGCUUCAGUCAGUGUGGGGACGUCAUGCGGGCCCUGGGACAGAACCCUGUCAACGCUGAGGUGCUCAAGGUCCUGGGCAAUCCCACGGCUGAGGAGAUGAACACCAAGAUGCUAGACUUUGAGCAGUUCCUGCCCAUGUUCCAGGCCAUCGCCAAGAAUAAAGAUCAGGGCUCCAUGGAGGAUUUUGUGGAGGGACUGCGUGUCUUUGACAAGGAGGGCAAUGGCACAGUAAUGGGAGCAGAGCUUCGUCACGUCCUCACUACGUUAGGUGAGAAAAUGUCAGAGGAGGAAGUGGAGACGCUCUUGGCGGGACACGAAGAUGCGAAUGGCUGCAUCAAUUAUGAAGCAUUUGUCCGCCACAUCAUGUCAGGCUGAGGGCCGGUACGGGCAUUUGAACUGGUCAGGAUGGUCAUGAACGGGUGAAGACAAAGAGCAUCCCACUUUUUUACCUUGUCACAUCUACCUACCUUUUUGCAGUUAGCUUCUCCAGCCCCGCCCACUCCACCCUGUGCCCUUUCCAUGGAUUAGUUUUCCACAUUUAAUUUAAGAAGUGCCUUUACAUUCCCUACAAAAGACCACAAAUGGCUAUUCCUGCCAGGUCCAUUCACAUACAUAACUACUUGUAUACCAUUCAGGAGUCUUUGUGCUUGCAUUGUUUGCAAUAACAUUCCAAGGACGCAGCACUGAAGAUGACAUAAAUUGAUAAUGAAAUACUGUAACUAUUAAAAGUAGUGUGUCAGUGUUGGAUGGGACAUUAAUAUAUAUGUACGUAAUAACUGUCAGAGACCUUCUGUAUCAUUGGCUAAGACUUGCUUUGGCUGAGGAACAUGUUCUUCCCAUUCUCCAAGUAAACCGACCAUACUAUCAUGAGGUAGAAAGAAACAUUUCGAAUGGGUUCCCAUGUUUUAAAUUCACCCCAAUUUUGUUGCUGCAUUUAAAUAAAUGUGUUUCCUGAAAACAUA